AUGGUCAGCCUCACCACCACCCUCCUCGCCAGCCUCGCGACCCUCGCCCUCGCCGAGUCCGCCGUCCGCUCGGAAUCCUUCUCCUUCGAGAAGUGGACGGAGGAGAUCAUCGCCGACCCCAGCGGCGACCACCUCUCGCCCGAGGACGCCUUCAAGCUGGCCAUGGCCUCGGAGCACCAGGCCGUCCCCCACGCCAAGCGCGACGUCUCCUGCGACCAGAAGCCCAGCGCCAGCGUCAGCGACGCUGUCCAGUGCAUUAACCAGCUCGCUGCCAAGGGCACACAGGAGUGCCAUGCCUCCUACGGCGGUGCUACCGUCUUCUGCACCUAUGGCAAAGCGCAGGUCGUGGCCGUCACGAACAAGGUUGAAGGCACCUCUUCAUCAUGCCAAGACGUGGCUCGUGGACUGGGCGCCAUUAUGGACCAGUGCUGGAGACCGGAUAACACUGUUCAGGGACAGUCUACUGCUUGGGGCAACGGCGACAUGGCCAUCCACCUUUCAGAGCCCUUGAUCUAA